UGAUGGAUCUCAACUAUAAAUAAUGCUUAACAUCCUACUUUUCUAAUCAAUAAACUCCUCAACCAUUUUCUUUGUAUUCUCUCUUGUAUCACCUGAAAUUUUCAGAGACACUUUUGAUCUUGAGAAGCCAACUAAAGAGCUGAAAGGAUGAGUGUGGAAGUGUUGGACAAUGCCACCAUUGUUAGCUUCGUCGAAGAUGAAGAAGUCUUCAAUGUCACAAUACUGAACCGGUUCGCUCACUUGGACGCCGACCAUGACGGGCUACUGUCUUACGCGGAGCUGUUGAAGGAAUUGCAGAGCUUGAGGGUGUUUGAGACUCAUUUCGGCAUCGACGUUAAGAUGGACCCGAAUGAGCUGGCUCAUGUUUACAAGUCCCUGUUUGUGCAGUUCGAUCAUGACUCGAACGGGACGGUGGAUUUGGAGGAGUUCAAGUCGGAGACAAAGCGAAUGAUGCUUGCUAUGGCGAAUGGGAUGGGGUUCUUGCCAGUUCAAAUGGUGUUGGAAGAAGGCAGCUUCUUGAAGAUCGCUGUGGAGCAUGAAUCUGCUAAACUUGCUGCUUGAAUUCUCUUCAUUUCCAAACACCUAAAUCCUUAUUUGUUACAAGAACCGAUAUUUUGUUUUUUAUUUGUCUCGACCAUUUCCCAUGUUUU